GACGUCUCCCCUCUAUUGUUAUUGUGGCGUGCGCGAGGGGAACAGACAGGAUGCACGAGGAGACAGUGGGGCUGAUAAAAGGAUAAAACAACCGAGAAACAUCAAGCUAGCGCUGUAGCAUAGAAAGCCGGGAAAUAAACACUAGCUCGAUACAUUACAGGACUUUAGGCAGACAUUAGCAGCGUAAAGGCACAGCGGUUCGUUACAUAGGGUUAAUACAAAGGAGUAUAAACACAGACCACACGUACGGCUUGCUAUCUUUCUGCCCAACUUCUUCUAUCCACUCCGGCUGAUGUGGACUGACUCAGAGCUUGGCCAUCACGAUGCUGGUGAACUUUCUGGUCACUCAUUGGCCGACCAACUUAAUACCAGCAGCAUCAUGUCAGUGAACCCUCCGAGCAGCAAUGACGCCUGCCUCAGCAUCGUGCAUAGCCUCAUGUGCCACCGGCAGGGCGGGGAGAACGAGGGCUUUGCCAAGCGGGCCAUCGAGAGCCUGGUGAAGAAGCUGAAGGAAAAGAAGGACGAGUUGGACUCACUCAUCACCGCCAUCACCACCAACGGGGUCCAUCCCAGCAAGUGUGUGACCAUCCAGAGGACACUGGACGGGCGGCUGCAGGUGGCGGGGAGGAAAGGUUUCCCUCACGUCAUUUACGCACGGCUGUGGCGCUGGCCCGACCUGCACAAAAAUGAACUCAAGCAUGUCAAGUUCUGCCAGUAUGCCUUCGACCUGAAAUACGACAACGUCUGCGUCAACCCUUACCACUACGAGAGGGUGGUGUCGCCCGGCAUCGGUACGUCAGCUUCAUACUUCUCAGUUGGUCUCAGCCUUCAAACCUCAGCAGCAGCCGGCGGCCUGAUCAAAGAGGAGUACAUCCAUGACUGCAUACAGAUGGACCUCCCGCCUGGCAUGCCUCUAUCGGACCACCAAGCAGCCCUGAAGCUCCCUCCUGCAGACCACUACGGGCAACCGCAGCUCUCCUCUGAACCCCAUGGACCCCCACCCGUCACCAGAUACAACCUGCCUGUCUCACCCAAAGUGUCCGGCUCCAUGCUGCCUCUGCAGGGGGGCCUCGCUGACGGACGGCUCCAAACGGCAUCCCCACAGGCUCAGGUCAUGACCCCGGCUCCACGACCUCUCACCCCGACCCAAUCCACUCCUCAGCAACAGGCUGGCCAGCAACCCUCACAGCCCCCACACCCACAGCAGCCCCCCCUACCUCCUUCUCACUCGCACGGACAGAACGGGUACAGCAGCAAUAAACACUCUCAGAGCCAGGUGGCCUUCCACACAGUGUGGACCGGCAGCAGCACAGCCUCCUACACUCCUAUAGGACCCCAGCAGAACGGGCGGGGUCACCAACAACCCCCCCUCCAUCAUGCCAACCACCACUGGUCUCAGCAUCAUGGCACCACCCCUUUCCCUCCUUCUGUGUCCAACCACCCAGGGCCAGAGUUUUGGUGCUCCAUCUCCUACUUUGAAAUGGACGUCCAGGUGGGUGAGAUGUUCAAGGUGCCUUCCAGCUGCCCCGUGGUCACCGUGGACGGUUACGUCGACCCGUCAGGAGGAGACCGCUUCUGCCUUGGCCAGCUGAGCAACGUCCACCGCACAGACGCAAGUGAGAGAGCCAGGUUGCACAUAGGUAAAGGCGUGCAGCUGGAGUGCCGUGGGGAGGGCGAUGUGUGGAUGCGCUGUAUGAGCGACCACGCUGUGUUCGUACAGAGCUACUACCUGGACAGAGAAGCAGGCCGGGCCCCAGGGGACGCUGUUCACAAGAUCUACCCCGGGGCCUACAUCAAGGUGUUUGACCUGCGGCAGUGCCACAGACAGAUGCAGCAGCAGGCAGCGACUGCGCAGGCUGCAGCGGCUGCGCAGGCUGCUGCUGUGGCGGGAAACAUCCCGGGGCCGGGCAGCGUCGGAGGCAUCGCACCCGCAGUUAGUCUGUCUGCAGCAGCGGGGAUCGGGGUGGACGACCUGAGGCGCCUGUGCAUCCUGCGACUCAGCUUCGUAAAGGGCUGGGGGCCCGACUACCCCCGGCAGAGCAUCAAACACACCCCCUGCUGGGUGGAGGUCCACCUGCACCGCGCUCUGCAGCUGCUGGAUGAGGUGCUGCACACCAUGCCACUGGCAGACCCAGGGCCUGCUAACUGAGGACACACAUGUUCAAUCUGGACUGUAUGAAUGUGCACACACACACACACACACACACACACACACACACACACACACACACACACACACACACACACACACACACACACACACACACACACACACACACACACACACACACACACACACCUGUUGCCAAAUAUGCUAUUUAAUUGAUACACAAAUCAAUGAGAAGUACAGGAAACAUAGAGGACCAAUAACAUUAUGCUUGUAACAAUCAAUGCACACACACUGCAACCAAACUGUCUGCACACACACACACACACACACACACACACACACACACACACACACACACACGUUUCUAAUGCUUUACUCUGCAAUCUAAAGUCGAGGAAGGAAAAGUUAUGACCAACCCGUCUCUGUUCUGAAGACAUUUGUAUGCUCUGCAGGAAUCCAGUUUCCCUAUAUGCAAUCGGGAUUUCUUGAAAUUGUAGCGGUGUUCUGCAAAUUCCUUCAUGGAAAAACACAGUGAUGGAGUUCAUUCACACUGAACACACACAGUGUUCCAGGUGUGUUUGCAGGGCAGAAGGAUGGAUAAAGGAGCGCAGUGUUUAUGUCAUCUCUGUGCUCGUACUGUACGUCCAUCUCAACCGUUAGCAUCGAUAGCUGGUUAGCCCUCUUAUUACGCUCAGCUCAAGCUAUAAUAUUUUUGUACCAAAAGACUAAAAAGCCAAAAAGAUUUAGCUUUAAGUAGUGUUGUUGUUCUUUGUAAACAGUGCUACCCUGUAUGUAACCAAAAGCCAAAAUACCUCAUAACUACAGUGCAAAGUCACAAUUAUGUUCUCCGCCUGAAGCGCACACGCUGUUCAUCACUGAGCAGCCCUCUGUUAGCAUCCCGACUCCAACACUACCUUAGUUUGCGUUCAUUUAGCUUUAUGAUGUAGCUGUGCAGGACUUGAUGGUUGGACCGAUGAGCAGACCUAAUACCAAGGACUGAAAAGCUCCUGAGACAGAAUCCUGAGUGCCUCAUCUGAACAGUGUGCUCACUCUAUCUCAAUCAGAGCCCUGUUUUCCACAUGUGGCCCAACAGAGCCGACUCUGAAGUAAUUCUGCUUUUAAUCAUGCAGCUAAUGGAGUGGUGCACUGAUGACGUAUUUCUGUAGGUUGACCCCGGAAGAUAGCUUUGCUUGAGCUCUGGACAAAAAGAAAGGAAUUAUUGGUUUUGGGAAUUUGGCAGAAAAUAAUCUCUGUGGCAAACAAACAUUUAUGAUACAUACAGGUUUUGUUCAGCAGGAUAAUCUCCACAUAUUAACACCACAAAUGGUUUUCUGUGGCAGAAACCCAAUCACCACGGCUAAGCUAAAGGCGGCUAAUGACGUUUAGUAGUGUCAUUUAGCCACUCGUUAGCAACCACUGUCUUUAUGACACAUACAAGCUUCAGAUAUUCCCCAGUGGGGUAUUUACUGACUCAAACAAACAUUAAAAUCUCUUCAGUCUGUAACCACAGGCCUUAUUUCAGAGUUUCAACCAAAAAACUGUUAAUUCCAAGACAAGGCAACCAGAACUGCUAAAAUGCUGACUCAUUCCCAGGUUCAGGAUUCAUUCCUGCACCACUCUUGUUUGGUUAUUUGGAAGCAAAGGAUUGAUUUGUUGAUCCCUGAUGAAGCUAAAAAAUGAUCUUCUUUUAUAAUAAUAGUAAAAUAAGAACCGUACGCAGCAUCUUUAUGAUUGGGUGCUGAUCAUGUGAUCGUGGUUGCACGAGGUUGCAGUUAGAGUUUUCCCUCACAAUGUGUUCCGCCCGUGAGCAACUGUGUCACUCUUGCGGCAGCAAGGAAUUGUGGGACAGCCUUUUCUCCUUUUCUUUCAUAAAGGAUGGCUCAGUAUUUUCUGUUCUAAAGGAGAUAGUAAAGGAAGCAUUAAAGCUCCUUUCCUAUCAUCUAGAGAAUCAAACAGCUCUCAUCAUGGCUGACACUGAGGUACUUCCGGGUCAUUUUCCUAAGAGAAAAAGAAUAUUGGACGAAAGCCUAAGUCUCAUUUUAUUUUACGGGUGUCAUUUUCAAUGGUACAAUCUACUGCAGGGAGUGUAGAUCCAGAAGGUUCUGACGGGUAAUUCUGAGGGGAGGACAGGUCAUCUGAUUCAGCAGCUUAUCAAACAUCUGCCAUAUGCAUAUUUGUGAUUUGUGCCUUUUUGUUCUCAGCCGGUAGAUGCACGACCACUGGACCCUCACACACACACACACACACACACACACACACACACACACACACACACACACACACACACACACACACACACACACACAGGUUUCUCUCUCCACACAUGAAGGUUCGUGUUGCACAUUGUGGUUUCAGCUGUUUCAGUCUGUGGGUGUUAUUCUGUGGUUCCCUCAGGUAUCUGUGUAGUUCAAUGAAGAUAUCACAAUGUGUCCCGCUGGCUUCUAGAGAUAGUAUUCAGAGAGCACUCAUCAUACCUGAGUAGUAUUAUUUAUUCUGUGAGUGUAAACCUGAAUGAGUACGCUUUGCACUAUUUUAAUCUUAGCAUGGACAACUCAAAUAGAUGUCAUAUUUAUCUCUGCUCUGCUGCCCGUGUUCAGGGAGGCACAAGCAGGCUUUCUCAGAUAAUGAGCAAACUCUUCAUCAUCAUCACCAUCAUCAGAGGAUUAUCCCCAUCACACACAUCACCUCCGACACGUGUCCACAAGUGCUCUGCAUUCAGCACCUGUAUCUGUUGAUGUAAAUGUCGAGAGAGCUAAACCCAGCUGCAUCUGCUUCUGGCUUCGCUUCAUACCGUGGGUUUGUAAUUUCCGGAUCGUUUCAAAUUAUGCUUUAUUUAAUCCUUCUCAAAGAGAAAUGGCUAGUCUGUAGACAAAUCAAACAUUGCAUCUCCAUCUGAACUGCGUUGCACUGACUGAAAGACUUAAAAUGGGAUAUUGGAAGUCUACCACACUGCAUAAAUACUCUGUCACAAGUAAGUCCUGAGUUAGAAUUUUUACUUUAGUGAGAGUCAAAUCAGCAAAACCUCCCUUAAAGGUCUCCUAUUAUGCUAUAUUUGAACAAUAUACUAUAGGGCCAUAUCUAUACAAAACUUCUCUGUGAAGUGUUUUGCUCAAAAUUACAAACAGAUCCCCCAUUGUAGCAUGCCUCAUCUCCCUCUAUUUCAGCCCUGUUCCUGAAGUGCUGAUUCUGUGACUGUAGCUUUAAAUGAACUAGCUGCUGCUGGCCACGCCCCUUUGGAGCUGCUGCUGGCCACGCCCCUUUAGAGCUGCUGCUGAUCACGCCCCUUUGGAGCAUCAUGAUCUCUCCUCUGAAGAGAGUUUUCUACCAGGAGAAACUCAGCUAAACGCUGCCGUGAUUAAACUCCAUAUUAUGUUCCAAACCACAUCCAGCAUUAUUCUGAAACAGUCUGGAGCUCAAACGUUUCUCUCUCGGUUUACCACAAGACAGGACCUUUAUAUUACACACAGUCUCUCCAGUACAGCGUUAGCUCUGAGUGUUAGCGAUGCUUGCUAAUGUAAACACAGACCAUAAUACUUCCAAAACAGAGGGGAUUCAGCUCGCGGACUGUAUAUGGGGCAUGAUAGGUUGGGACGUGUAACGUCGGCAGGACGUUGCCAGGAGUUCAAUGUAAAGCCAGCCCACAUUUGACUUAUUACGCCAUAAGGACAGUAAAUCUGGAUCAGCUCGUUUCUACCCCCGUUUUUAGAGAUGUGGGUAAGGAAGAAAAGAGCUGUAUUUUCUGACACUUUGUGAGUCUACUUACACACCGGGGACUCAUAUUUAUGUAUAAAACACAGCAAAAAGUGCAUUUAGCAUAAAAGGGGACCUUUAAUGUGCUAGUACCCAAUGCAGAAAAAUAAAAACCCCUAAAAUCAAAAUGUUUUAGAAAGGGAGACUAUAGAUACCAACAAGUCAUCUCUCAAUUGGACAGUUGAACUGUUACAUUUUUAUCAAAAUCACAUUUUUGAACUCUUAACAAAAAUCUUAAUUUUUAUAUUAACAAAUUAAGAUAAGUAACAAAAUAUUUAAGUUAAAACGCUUUAUUUAUAUCCUUUGUGUAAUUGGUUAUGAACAAAAUGACCCAAAAAAGGUAAAAGGACACCAAACUUAUCAGCUCAUUAUGGCCUGGAUUAAAAAUCAAGCUGAGAAAUCUAGAUCCCAGACUGAUCCGACUCGUAAAGUCCCUUGAAUUCUUGAGUAAAUGUACUUAGUUACAUUCCAUGGCUGCAGAUGACAUUCACUCCAGGAGACUCUCAGAAAUGUUUUCCAGACCCAAGGCCUCUUACUUCCAGAGCUCUCACUUUGAAACAGAAAGCUUUAAUGUGGAGUCAGUUUGCGUUUGUGGAGUCCACUCUGUCAGAACCACGCCCCCCCAUGAGUGUCCUGCCUGUAAACUGAUGCUGCAUCAGGACUAUUCAUUCCUCUGCUGUGAUUGGACGGUGCGGUGGCUAUCUGAUACCAAUCCCGUGUGUAACCAGCGUUUUUAAACUACAACUCUCCAAACUCUUUAAUUUCCUCAUAUCUACUUCUCAUGGUCUUCAGAAGGAGAGAUAAUAAUAAUAAUAAUAAUGAUAAUAAUAAUAAUAAUGAUAAUAAUAAUAAUAAUAAUAAUAAUAAUAAUAAUAAUGAUAAUGAUAAUAACAAUAAUCUGAAAUCUGUGAGCAACCGCAUCUUCUGAUGAGAGUUGUUUGAAAGUUCUGAAUCAUCUGGUUACUUCUGUAGAGUUUUCCUUUUAACUGAAAAUGUGUAAAACCUAAAGACACUUAGAAAAGGUUUAGGCUAAACAUUUAAAUAUUGAAUUCAUUUAUUUUUAUAUCCCACAAUAUGAAAAGUGCUGGAUCAAACAGAUUUCCCCCUCACAACCACUGCUGCAUUAUCAUUACCGUUCAGUUUCCAGGUCCUGAGGUAUACACAUCAUCCCUUUCAUUAGACGUUCAACACACACCAUCCUCACACACCACAAACACUAUAUGUACUAAAGAAUUUUAUUUGGCUUCCUGAAAUAUAUGGUUCUUUGAUUUUGUAGUUUUAUUGUAAAGAUGUGCUGCUCUUGUAAUGUUGACUGUAUAUUAAAAGAGAUAAACAUA